GUAAGCCAUCUAAAGUCCAUGUGUGUGGUGCUUCAUGAUGACGGUGUGGAGGAGCAGCAGCUCUGUCUCUUUGGUGUGUCUCGGGGUGUCUCUCUUCCUCGUCGGGCAGUGUCAGUCGGCCUGUCGGGAUGCGGGUCUGUGCUGCACCGGCCGGAACGCCUCGUGCAUCAGCAGAGGAUGGAGGUCUGACCGGACCUAUGGCUCCUGCUACUGCGACCAAGCCUGCGGGUCCACCCUGGACUGCUGCCACGACUAUGAGACAGCCUGUCCAGCGGUGUCCUGUGUGGUGAGUGAGUGGACGCAGUGGUCAGGCUGUGCUGAGCCCUGCAGGGCGACGGUCCGCAGGAGGAGCAGGACCGUCCUGCAGGAGCCGCUCAAUGGAGGCCAAACCUGUCCCCAUCUGGAGGAGCAUGCCGGCUGUGCAGAGUACUGGACCCAUCACGGGCACUGUCACAACUCACUUGUCCCAGCGCUUAUCAUCACGGGUGGCUAUGGCAACGCCAGGAAGAAAAGAGACAUCCCUGACAGCAGCGACAUUUCAGGGUAUUGUGUCCAGUUUCAGUUGACCUCUCUGACAAAAGGAUGCCAGCAGAGCGGAGGCCCACACACCCAGUGGAUGCAGUACCUGAGGGAGGGCCACCAUGUGUGUGUCGAGUGCCAGCCGCCUGCUCUUGCUGCUGGGCAGUCAUACUGCGCAGGAGACGGAGGGGAAAACGACAAGGACAGAAGACAGUCUCUCCAGUGGCAGGCAGUGGGAAACCCUCGAUGCAGGGGUGUGUGGAGGCGUGUGGGGAGGCUGGAGGCCUGCUCCUGCCCAACAGCCCACAGCUUCCUCUUCAUCUAACAUCCGCCCUCCAGUACACUUUGAACCAGACGUGCAUAAAGAACAAUCUGACAGUGAUAAUUACAAACAAUCUGCUUUAUUAAAGAGAGCUAGUCAGUGCUCAUCUGUGCUUUUUUAGCUAUACUGACCAAGUUUUUUUCUUCUCUAGACCAGUGCAACUACAUGUGAGUGUUUAAUUCAUAAAGGUGAAUGUGUGCCA